AUGACGACGACAUUCCCAGUCGCUGUUCAUCUAUCCCAUCCGUACCUGACUCAAUAUCAGAUUGAAACGCUCUCAACGCGUAUCAGGCUAUUGCAGACCACAGAGUCCAAGGAACUUCAACUUCGUCUUUCGGCAUGCUGUUGGAUGCAAGCAGUCGGUCGCACUCUACAGUUCCCUGUCAGGUCGAUCGGAACAGCCAUGAUGCUCUAUACACGCUUCCAUCUAUUUCACGCCAUCUCUGACUUCAACUCCAACGACGUCGCCUCUGCAUGUCUAUUCGUUGCCUCGAAGAUGGAAGAUACAAGCAAAAAAGCCAAAGACAUUCUCACUGCAGUCUAUGCGUAUCGGCAUCCACAAGGCCCGGACUUGAAUCCCGAUUCUGCAACUCUGGAAGAACAACGAAAACGAUUACUUGGACUCGAGCGCAUGAUACUAGAAGUCCAUUGCUUUGACUUUCGUGCACGUCAUCCACAAGCACCUCUCAUCAAAUUCGCGCGACAUCAUAAAGUGACAAAGGAGACAACUUGGCUUGCUUGGCAACUGUGCGCAGAUAGCUACAAGACCUACGCGCCGCACAAGGUACCGCCUCAUGGCAUUGCGCAGGCGUGCCUGUCUCUUGCUUGUCGCUUGCGCCAAGAACCAUGUUCCUUUCCGCUUCAGCAUAUUUCUCAGGUUCAAUUAGAGGAGACACAGGAAGACUUACUAGACCUCUAUUUGAACAAUCGGCAGUAUACGACGCUCGACAUGGAGAUGGAUGAACAAGCGCUAAUGGAAAUCAAGUCUGCAUUGGCCGUCACACAUAAUGGCAGAGCGGUAACCAAGGCGAUACACUCUGCCUAUGAUAUUUUGCAGGCACCAUCCAACAUGACAUUUGUGGGGGAUAAAGGGACCUGUCGAUUCGUGCUACACAAGGAACGGCUGGACGCUGAAAUGAUUGACGCUAUGGAUGAAGCGUGAACAGUAUUACGAGCAUAUAUAUAAUGUAGGCAGCCAGCAUCAAGCGUCUCCCGAGAAGGGCAAGACAGUUUCUGUUGCUGAGUGCAAACGCAAGCAUCCUCUCAAGCCGCCACUAAAAUCAGUUUGGCGCAGCAGCCGUAUGAGGAGGCGAUUCUCAUUCUUCUUCUAACCAGAACUACACAUCGUAUUUCAAAGAACAAAGGUAGGCAGAAGUAGAAGUUUCGGGGGUUCGUAGUAACUGAGCAUCGAGCGAAGAGAUGGUGACAAAAGAGGAAGCGCGUUGGCUUAGAAAGUCUCAGUGUAUUCGUGCUCAACAUGGGGACCCUCAAGGAGUCCUUGUCUGCUCAGGUCUGUGAAUGAUAGGAUAAUCAGGGACCGUCAACAGCAUGUCCUCUUUCAUCCGCCACCUCGGCUCGUAUCCUACACUGAUGUAUGCAAGUAAUAGUACUAGUAGUCUUGGUAGGG